AUGCGAGACCUCGGACGUGACGAGCACCGCUUUUGCAAUCAGCAGCAGCAGCAGCAGCAGCAUUUCCAGCAGAAUCAGCAGCAGCAGAAGUAAAAGCCCAAGCCGUGAUGGAUCGGAACUGGACUCUAGCAAUGGCAAUGGCAGCUUGAAUGUGCGCCACCAAGCUACAGAGAAUCCAGUCGCCCGCAGUACAUACACAUUCAGUGAAGUGGUAUUGAUGCAAAAAUGAGCAGCCUUCUCAAAAGAAUAGCUGGUGGCAGCAUUUCGCCGGCGGCCCUGUGUAGCCAAAUACUAGGGGUGCCUGCUCAUUUACGAAAGCAGCGGCUGCAUGGCAAAGGAUUGGAGUUGUGCUCCAUCAUUGAAAUAUCGUACCAGCUGCUCGCUGCCGGGCAAGUCGCAUACCAGCGAGACGUAUAUUACCGCCACAAAAAACUCCUCAAGAGCGUCGAAAAUGUGCGGACGCUGUGCAACAAACUGUCCUUUUACUUUGGAGUGCCACCAGCGCGCCUCAACAUUAUAUCAUGCCCAAAGGGCCUGAUGUAUGGACAUGUGUCCAUCGAACUAAACAAUGGAUGCGUGUUGGAUUUCUCCAAACAAGGUGGGAACUCACUGCCGCACGCUUGUUUUGUGCAGAGGAUAACAACAGUGCUGAUAGUCGAGAAAGAGACAGCAUUUUUUGCGCUCAUUCAAAGCGGGAUUCAAGCGAAAGUCCCCGAGUUGCUCCUUGUCACUGGGAAGGGUUAUCCAAGGCUGCGCAUCGUGGUGCUGGUCGACAACGAUCCCGACGGUGCACACAUUUUCAAGUGUACGCCGAGGCCGCUUGCACAUGCACAGUGGGGUGGGCUGCAUUGCUCGAUGGCACGCGUUGGCAGAUGGGGUCUAGACAUCGACCGGCUUAUCGAGUUCACGCCGCGCGACCGCAGCCUGGCGCUAAAGCUCAUCGAGCACUGGGCGGGAAACCAAAGGCUGCGCAGGCGCAUGGCGCGGAUGGUUUAUCGGGGCAAGAAGGCCGAGCUCGAGGUCAUCACCCAAUACCGCGGGAUGCUUGUCGAUUUC